AUGACACUAACACUGGGCGACGGUGGAGCAGUCUAUGAUGCUCGAAACUGUGGUCUUCCUGGAUCGGAGUUUGCUAAACAACGGGCUAGGAGGUUGUCUUCAAAUGUCACAAGUGCACAAUCAAAGGACUAUACAGCUGACGAUGAGGCAAAAAGUAUGGACUACUCAGAUGACUACGUUCUUGAUCCAAACAGUACCGAGAUCAAAAAUAUCAACGAUCCCAUGGAUCGAAAGAUCAUGGGAGGCAGAGACGCUUUGAUGGGAGAGUUCCCUUGGAGUGUUUUCAUAGAACUCGACGACAGUAAGCAUCGCAUUAUUUACCGCGUUCAAACUGUGAUUCUUCCUGAGAUAGCCAGUGCAGAUCGAAGAAGUACCACAAAGAAGAAUGACAGGGUGACUUCGAAGUGGUUCUUCUGUCUGUGCCACAUCAAAUAUUCAGGAUCAUGCGGAGGUACACUGGUGUCAAAACGUCACAUAAUUACGGCAGCCCACUGUUUCUGGAAAAUCAUGACAAAUGAUGAAUGCAGCAUUAGUGACAUGUAUCCAAUAGAAGGCGUGGUAGGGAAAGCUACAGCCAUGGUUGGUGGUAUUUGUCGCAAAGUAGACAAAUCUGUCAAGUGCACCGUUAAGCAGCUCGGCACGAGAAUCCGAAUAAAGAGCGCCUACUACGACGUGGAACAAGAGGAUAUUGCAUUUCUUGAGUUGGAAAAGAAUGUUCCUGAUGGCGUCCAUCACGCUUGCCUGCCACAUCUGCACAAUGUUGAUGAAAUGGAUCAAUCAACGACGAGGCUUUUCUCGUCCGGAUGGGGAAUAGAUCGUCCGCACAUUUCUCCGCUUAGUUACUUUGGUUGCUUUCAUUAUUCAUUCAACCUAAACUUUUUAGCACACCGAGGCUAUGUCUCGUCUGCAACUCCAAUGCUGCAGCACGUCGAACUAGGACUGAGGAUGACUAAGAAAGAAUGCUAUGAGAAAUCACCUUCAAAAUGGCCGGAUCUGUUCUGUACACUGGAGCAUCCGGAGAGAAACGUUUGUCAAGGGGACAGUGGAGGUGGAGUUACAACAUCAUUCAAAGGUAGACACUAUUUGGUUGGAGUAAUCUCUCGUGGAACUCCUUGCGUUGAUUUGAUGCAGGGAACAAUACCAGGAGCACAGGCACACACUGAUAUUGCCUUCUACACCGCUAAUAUUGACAGAAUGCUGAACAUGACCAUUAUAAACCGCCAAGCAGAAUGGCAAAAAAUAAACUCGAAACUUACGUCUAGACCAAAUAAAACUUAA